AUGCCGUUUCCGCCAGAUGAAGAGAGUGGGUUGGAGAAGAUUUUCCUCCACAGGUACCGUUUCCGCCAGAUAUGCAGUGCAGAUGAGCCUCUGAGUGCUCGCUCCUGUCAGGAAGAGAGUAUGGGAACCGGUGCAUCCAAGAACCCCGACAGCAGCUCCCAUGGCAGCGAUGAGAGAGAGGACCAAGCCGGCGGUCAGCUCUACGUGUCUCUCAAGAUGGAGAACUAUAGGCUCAAAGGGGAGCUCAUUCCUCACGUUUAUGGCUCCGCGCCCCUCGUCGGCUCCUGGGACCCCUCCAAAGCCCUGUCGAUGGAACGAGAAUCCACGUCUAUUUGGGAAUUGAGUUUUGUUGUUCCACCGAACCACGAGACCUUGGAUUUCAAGUUUUUGUUAAAACCCAAGUAUAGUAACAUCCCAUGUGUGGUGGAGGAGGGUCCAAACAGGCAAUUGUCUCGGGGUACGUUGCGCGGGGAUAGAAGCUGUUCGCUGUUUAAGUUGAAUGAGGAUGUUCUUGAGUAUGGAGUACUGAUUAAAGCUGACAGGGUCUCACCAUUUGAUCUUGCUGCUAGUUGGAGAGCAUAUCAGGAGAAUUUUCAGCCUUCCACUGUUCGUGGGAUACCGGAUGUCAGUAUUAACUCAGCUGCUGAAGCCCGUAAUGAGAAUGAAUCUUCGGCUAGUUUGGAGCUUGAUCUUGAGCACUAUGUGGUCCCGGCUCCAGCAACCUCUGCAAAUUCAGGUCUCGUUUAUGCAGCUAACAUGACCGAAACUCCUAGGUCACUGAGUCGUGUUGGGGUAUUUUCAAGGACUGAUGGCUCUAGUGGCACAUUACAUUUACAGAGAGAUACUGGUGCCGCUGUUGACAGACCCGAGGGGAUGGAAGUCAUUGUAUUAGAUGCAACAAAGCUGUCUUUAGGAUCUGGCUUGGCUGAGUCAAAGUCGGUUGGAACCAUUUCAUCUAUGCAGAAACAAGAAGGUCAUAGAGGACUCUUCGUGGAUCGGGGGGUUGGAUCUCCCAGACUUGUGAAAUCGGCAAGUGCAUCAAUGUUCAUUGUUGAUCCCAAACUUAAUUCGGAGUCAAAGAACUCUAUGCCAGCAGCUGCAGGGGCUGUUGCAGCUGCUGCGGUAGCUGAUCAGAUGCUCGGACCAAAAGAGGAUAGACAUCUAGCAAUUGUCUUGGUUGGAUUGCCUGCACGAGGAAAAACCUUCACUGCAGCUAAACUUACUAGGUAUCUUCGUUGGUUAGGUCAUGACACCAAACACUUCAAUGUUGGAAAGUAUCGGAGACUAAAGCAUGGAGUUAAUCAGUCAGCUGAUUUCUUCCGAGGUGACAACCCUGAAGGCAUAGAAGCACGAAAUGAGGUAGCAGCGCUUGCAAUGGAGGAUAUGAUAUCUUGGAUGCACGAGGGUGGCCAGGUUGGAAUAUUUGAUGCUACAAACAGUACCAGAAGUAGGAGGAAUAUGCUUAUGAGAAUGGCUGAAGGCAAAUGCAAGAUCAUCUUCUUAGAGACAAUAUGCAAUGAUCGGAAAAUAAUUGAAAGAAAUAUACGUCUGAAGGUUCAACAAAGUCCGGACUACGCUGAAGAGCCAGAUUUUGAGGCAGGUUAUCAUGACUUUAAAGUCAGACUGGAUAAUUAUGAAAAGGUUUAUGAACCUGUGGAAGAAGGCUCUUAUAUCAAAAUGAUUGAUAUGGUCAGUGGCCAUGGUGGACAGAUACAAGUGAACAACAUUAGUGGGUACCUUCCUGGACGGAUUGUGUUCUUCCUGGUAAAUACACAUCUGACUCCUCGCCCAAUUUUGCUAACCAGGCACGGAGAGAGCCGAGCCAAUGUCAGAGGUCGAAUUGGUGGUGACAGUGUGAUAAGUGAUUCUGGUGAGCUUUAUGCGAAGAAACUUGCAAACUUUGUUGAAAAGCGUCUGAAGAACGAAAAAGCUGCUUCUAUAUGGACUAGCACAUUGCAGAGAACAAUUUUGACAGCAAGUCCGAUAGUUGGAUUUCCAAAGAUACAAUGGCGGGCACUGGAUGAAAUUAAUGCCGGUGUAUGUGAUGGGAUGACGUAUGAAGAAAUAAAGAAAAAUAUGCCAGAGGAAUAUGAAUCUCGUAAAAAGGACAAAUUAAGAUAUAGAUACCCUCGUGGUGAAUCAUACCUUGAUGUUAUACAAAGGUUAGAGCCUGUGAUUAUUGAGCUUGAACGACAAAGAGCUCCUGUUGUUGUGAUAUCUCAUCAGGCCGUUUUGAGGGCUUUGUAUGCUUAUUUUGCGGAUAGGCCAUUGAAAGAGGUUCCUCACAUAGAGAUGCCACUUCAUACAAUUAUAGAGAUUCAAAUGGGAGUUACAGGAGUCCAGGAGAAAAGAUACAAGCUUAUGUGA